AUGGCUGAACAAUGGGUCCCUCAGGCGGAAGGCUUGCAUCACUUGGUGGAGCUUCUGAAAAAAUCAUCGAGUCCCGUCUCAGAAGAGAGGCAAGUUGCUCAGCAACAAAUUGAACAAUUUCAGUCCAUAGCUGACUAUCCUUGCUACCUCGUUUAUAUUCUCACACAUGGAAAGGGCGAGCUAGAAACCACCAGAACCGUGGCCGCCUUGGUUCUCAAGAAUAACGCCCGGAUGUUACUGAAAAGUCCGAGUCCUGUGGUCGAAUAUGUGAAGGCCAAUGUUUUGGAGUCCGUGAGAGACCCAUCAUCAAUGAUUCGAACCAACUCCGGCACUUUAAUUGCGUCUUUGCUCGCGUUGUUCGAACCACAGAACUGGCCACAGGGGUUGUUCUACCUCGUGGCUGCAUUGGACUCUCCGGAUGUGGGGGCACGCGAAGGCGCCAUCGACGCCCUGGAUAAACUGUGUCAAGAUUUUCCACGCAAGCUAGACGUGGAAAUCGGAGGACAACGCCCGUUGGACUAUAUGAUCCCGAAGUUCAUUGCCAUGACCAGUGAUUCCUCACCACGAAUACGGCAGCACGCGUUGAAUGCAAUCGCUCAGUUUGCAUUAAUCGAAUCGCAAUCUUUCAACGCGAACAUUGAUGGCUUCAUGGCGUGUCUUUUCCGCUGUGCAGGUGAUUCAGAUCCCGACGUUCGACGAAUGGUUUGCACAAGCCUCUCUAUUCUGCUACGAGAACGGAGCGACAAAUUGGUCCCCGAAAUAUCAAAUGUUGCAUCUUUUAUGCUUUAUUCCAUGCAAGACAAAGACGAGUCUGUGGCUCUGGAGGCCUGUGAAUUCUGGUUAACUUUCGCCGAAGACAUGGAUCUCGUCGAUGCAUUGCGUCCACUGCUAGGCAAUCUUGUUCCGGCGCUCCUGCAGUCCAUGAUUUAUACCGAAGAAGAUCUUGCAAUGCUCGAAGCAGAUAUUGAUGAUACCAAUGUACCUGAUCGAGAUAGCGACAUUCGACCUCAGCACUAUGGUGCCAAGUCACACGGGGUAGGGGAGGGGCAGUCGGAUACGCAGCCCGCCUUCAAGUCUCGCGAUGCAGGAGGGGCAGAGGAAGAAGAAUUCGAGGAUUACGAUUAUGACGACGAUGACGACGAAUUCGUUUCGGAAUGGAACAAGAGAAAAUGCGCCGCUGCCGCUUUGGAUGUGUUGGCUGUUCGUUUCGGUGCAGACUGUUUAGCGACGUUGCUUCCACUUCUGAAGGAUCGACUAUGGCAUCAAGAUUGGCUUAUUCGUGAAUCCGCUGUACUGGCCCUUGGUGCCAUUGCUGAAGGUUGUAUGGAUCCCCUGGAGCCUCAUCUUCCCACCAUUCUCCCUUAUUUAUGCUCGCAGUUACAAGAUCCUAAGCCAUUACUGCGUUCUAUCGCUUGCUGGUCUUUGGGAAGGUAUGCACAUUGGUGCACUGUCAACAUUGAGCAGAAUCAAUAUUUCAUUCCAGCUUUAGAGGGCUUACUACACACGGUUUUAGACAACAACAAGAAAGUACAGGAAGCAGGCUGCAGUGCAUUGGCGACGUUGGAAGAGGAAGCUGGCCCGGGUUUAGCACCGUAUUUGGAGCCCAUCGUCCAGAAUCUCGUUACUGCUUUCUCCAAGUACCAGCACAAAAAUUUGCUUAUUCUUUACGAUGCAAUCGGAACGCUGGCCGAUUCUGUGGGUGAAGCACUCAAUAGACCAGCAUGCAUCGAAGUCCUGCUUCCUUCUUUGGAACAGAAAUGGAGCGCAUUGCAGGAUGAUGAUGAUGAUCUCAUUCCGCUCAUGGAGUGCUUAUCAUCCGUCACGGUCGCAGCUGGCCCUGGAUUCUCCCCCUACGCACCUGCCAUAUUUCAACGAUGCCUUCGAAUUGUUCACGAGUCGCUUGUACGUUACCAAACGUUCGUUCAAAAUCCCGAUCUAGACGAGCCGGAGAAGUCAUACCUCAUUGUGUCCCUGGAUCUUCUCAGCGGACUGGUCCAGGCAUUGGGAGAAUUACUUGCACCGAUGAUUACGAGCAGUGACCCCUCCUUCAUGACUCUUCUCGCCGCUAGCUUGCAGUAUCCCCAGCCAGCCGUGCAGCAGUCGGCGUUUGCUCUUAUUGGAGAUCUUGCAAUCUACUGCUUUAGCGUGCUCAAGCCAUUCUUGCCUUCCAUUAUGCCAGACCUAAUCAGCCAGAUCUCGGGCGAACCUCGUGCUGAAUAUGUCAGUGUUUGUAACAACGCGGCGUGGUCUAUUGGAGAGGUUGCCAUUCGUUGUGGACCAGUAGAUCCGGACUUUGCACAAUAUGUUCAGCCACUGCUGCAAAGUCUCGUUCCGAUUUUGCUCCACCCGAAGUCUCCAAAGUCGCUGACGGAGAACGCCGCUGUUACCAUCGGGCGGCUGGGGUAUAUCUUCCCAGCAGUGGUGGCUCCUCAUUUAGAUGUUUUUGCCGAGCAUUGGUGCCAGGCACUAGGUGACAUCAAAGACAAUGCGGAGAAGGAUUCCGCCUUCAAGGGCUUUUGUGCACUCAUCCUUAACAACGCGAGUGGUAUUUCUAAGGCAUUCGUACCUUUCUGUAACGCCACGGCCAAGUGGCAAGCCCCAAGCCUAGAAUUGAAUUCAAUGUUCCAACAAAUAUUUAGCGGCUUCAAAUCAAUGCUCGGCGAAAACUGGGAGCCUCAGAUGGCGCAGGUCCCCGAGCCAACACGGUCUGUAAUACGGCAGAGAUACGGUGUCUGA